AUGUUGUUCGUACCACUAUGCACCACGACAGCGGCACCGACCUACGCGUACCAGGACAAACUGCCCUCGCUGCCCGUGCCGCCUCUUGAGGAGACGCUGGCCAAGUACCUUCGCUCACUGCAGCCCUUUGAGAUGCUGGGCAUCUUCUCGCCGGAGGAGAUGAAGCGCACGCGUGCGCUGGCCGAGGAGUUCAAGGCCGCUGGCGGUCGCGGCCAGCGUCUGCAAAGCAAGCUCGUGGCGCGCUCGCAACAAAAGCGUAACUGGCUUGAGGAGUGGUGGCUCAAGUACGCGUACAACAUCUGGCGGUGCCCUACGCCGGUGAACGUGUCGUACUACUUCCUCUUCGACGAGAAGGUGCAGGGACCCGAACGCCCCGACGUCUCGCAGUCCCUUGUGGCGUCCCUUUGCAUCAAGGGCGUGCUGGACUUCAAGGCUGUGCUUGACAAGCAAGGCGUGCCUGCGGAGAUGAUGCGGGGCACGGUGCCGUUGGACAUGAGCCAGUACUCGAAGCUCUUCACCACCGCUCGCUACCCACAGCAGGGCGAGGACUACAUUGCCACUUUCGAGCCGGAGCCCUACGUCCUCGUACUGAGCAACAAGCAGUUCUACGUGCUCGAUGUUCUCGACAAGGCAUCCAACCGCGCGCUCACCGUGAAGGAGCUGCAGGCACAGAUCGAGCGGAUCUUGCAGGCCAGCCAAGAGUCCAACGACGGGCUCGGCGUGGGUAUCCUGACCGGCGAAGACAGGGACAAGUGGGCCAAGGCCCGCCAGGAGUUGGUUUCCAUCUCGGCCACCAACGCACGCAACCUCGACGUCAUUGACAAGGCCCUCUUCGUGCUGUGCCUUGACGAGGAGAGCCCGCGUGACGUGGACACGGCCGGGCAUCUGUGCCUCGUCGGCAACGGCGAGAAUAGGUGGUACGACAAGAUCGUGCAGUACAUCGUGUUCAAGAACGGCCGCGGCGGACUCAACGGAGAGCACACGCCCAUCGAUGCGCCGACCGCUGGCGCAAUGACGGACCACAUGCUGCGCUACCUUCGCAGGGCGCAGGAGUCGUCGCUGCCGUCCGAGGAGCAGUCUGUGGCGUCCGACCUGCGCGCGCCCACCAAGCUGCAGUGGACGCUCUCGCCCUCUCUGCGCACCGCCCAGGAAGAGGCGGUGGAGAGCUACGGCAAGGUGGGCCAGGAUGUGGACUUCCGGCUGCUCCAUUUCCGCACCUACGGUGCCGACUGGAUCAAGGAGAAGGCCAAGCUCAGCCCGGACUCGUACGUGCAGAUGGCCCUCCAGCUGGCCUACUACAAGCUCUACCACACCGGGACGGCCACGUACGAGACUGGCCAGACGAGGCAGUUCUACCACGGGCGUACAGAGACCGUGCGUUCGUUCUGCGCCGAGUCGGUCGAGUGGACCAAGGCCAUGACCGACGCUUCGGCGCCCAAGCAGAAGCGGAUCGACCUUCUACGCAAGGCCAUCGAGCACCACUCCAAGGCUCUCAUGGCCGACGCCACUAAUGCCCGCGGGGUUGACAGGCACCUGCUCGGACUGAAGCUGGUGGCGAUGGAGGACGAGGAGGAAAAGAGCCUGGGCAUGCCUGAGCUGUUCAAGGACAGGGCCUACGCGGAGAGCUCCACCUUCCGCCUGUCCACCAGCAACAUGCCCGGCAAGCUUUACAUCAGCGGCUUCGGGCCAGUCGCGGCGGACGGCUACGGCGUCUGCUACGGCACGCGCAACGACAUGCUGCAGUUCACCAUCACCUCCCUUCGCUCGUGCCCCACAACCGACUCGGCCCGGAUGCGCGAGACGCUGCACAACACGCUCGUGGAGAUGGGCGCCCUCUUUGCCGAUGCCGGCCAGGCCAAGCUGUAG